AUGGAGGAGGAUGUUUUUGUGCCCGACGGCGCUGAGAAAGCCCCCCGCGCUCUGAUGGCCCCCAAAGUUAUCCUCUUCGCGGUUGACGCCAACACUUUUGCUUCCUUGGCGUUACUGAACCAACAAUGGAGGCGGAUAUCGGAUUCAGCUUCGUUGUAUGCGUAUCAUUUGUUGCGCUGUCCAGCAUUCUCUUCGACCACAGCACCUGUCACGGAACCCAUUGAUGCCGACAACCUCAUAGACGUCAAACGCCAGUUCCUGACAGAGGUUCGCCGCAAUGCAUUUGAUGUCUUUUUGCGUCCCCACAAGACGCUGGUGAAAUUGAUAUCCAGUUCCAUGAGUUCGGCCACGGCGUUCCCGCAGGGCGAAGUCUUUCGAUUCUCAUUCUCGGGAAACGGUCAGCUGGUUCUUUGUAUCAGCUCUUCCCGAAUCGUUGUCCUUGAUGUCGGGAGUGACCCAGUAGUGGUGAAGCAUGAGCUCAAGACUCGAAGGCGGGCCCUGGGUGCCACUAUCCGUGACGACGGCUUAAUGGUUGCCGUGUUGUCGUCCAUGCACCAAGUCAACAUUUACCAACUCAGCAAUGAUGAAGCCAAACACAUACAAUCUAUUACGCUGAAUGAUGCUCCACGGGACCUGACGUUCUCUCCAACAGGCAGUGUGCUUGCCUUGGCCUUUGAAGACAAUAUCGAAGUGUAUGCAGUGGGAUCAGAAGUUCUUUCUACAGAACGUCGAGCUGCGCGCUGCCUUCGCGUUGAUUCGAUCACUUUCUCUUCGGAUGGCUCGAUGCUUCUUGGAUCACCUAGUGAUGGCGAGCGAGAGGGCAUUAUCGCAAUUACCGCGCCAUUCUAUACGGAACCUGGAGUGGAGGCGUCUCCAGAGGAAGUCCACAUGCGGAUGUGGACGACUCAGAUCCUCUUCCCCGAAACGACCGAUGGGUUUUCUCAUGCCUGUCUUAUUUCUGCUCACGACGAAGGAGACGAUAGUUGGAUUUUAGGAUACGACAACCAGUUGGCAACAUUCAGAGCAAUCCGGAUGAGCGAUAUCGAUGCAGGCACCGUAUAUUUUGCGAGUCCAUUUUGGGACGACGAAACCCGGGAACAGCAACCCAGUAUGCUGCCAACUACGGAUAUUGACGGCGAACUUGUUGUUCUGGGAUUCCAGGACUCUGGUUUGUGGCUUUACGGGAUUCCAGGGCGAUUGAAUGUUGCUCCGACAUCAGGGUCUUACAAUGGGAUCAGAGGCUCUCAGUUAUGUGGUGACCACCAUCUUGGACCCCAUGCCUCUGUGCCUCGUGAUAAUGUGGCGCAGCUUCAAAAAAUCAUCAGGCAACCAAAGGUUCUCGUCCGUGGUCGCCAGGUGACCGACAUGCACGGGAUCACCUCGGCGUGCUGGGUGCGAAGCAACUCCUCAACUCCCAAUUCAAGCAAAAGCAGUCGACGACUUGUAGCUGUGGCGCCCGGCGGCGUGCUCCCGCAGAACUUUGGAGAGGAAGAUAUCCCUGUCGACGGAGGAAGAGUCCUCCUCCUGGAUUUUGAGAGAUCUACACGCAACGGCGAAACGGUUGAGUUGGACAUUGAAGUCGGAGAGACUGCGCCGAAGAUACUCGUGGAGCCGAGCUCUUCUAUGGAUGCUGAGGUUGAACUGGAAAGAAGGCGAACUCGCAUAUACCGUCCGGAUACCCAUCCAGCGCUAGCAACUCUUGGACAGCGUCCGUCACGUCCUCCUAUCCCCCGCGAAACCCGCCGCACUGCAAGUCAAUCAGCACUAGCUCAGAUUCGUCCAAACAGCAUGGCGGUCCCAACGUCGCAGCACGUGGUGAACAAUGUUGACAUUCCCGAUAUUCCAUAUGACAAUACUCAACCUCGCUCUCAAGACACACUUCAUCGUGCUGCUACCGCGGCAGCAUCAACACGCGGCCGAUAUAAUCCACAAUAUCGAACCACUUCGCGCCGUCGAUAUCUACCUCAUGAAAGUGAUGCCGACAACUGGAUCCCUCCACCCCCUCCUUAUUCACGCAAGGCCGACACCCCUCUGCCAGAGGGUCUGCGUCAAACUCUUCUUCCGAGUAACCCAGCAGCUGCUCCAAUCGCGGGUGAGGCUUCCAGCGGCAAUCGGCUCGCCAACAACGAGGAGCCUGCCAGUAAUGAUGAGCCUGCCAGCAACGAUACCCCCCAACCAGUUACAAGAACACGGAGCACUCGUCAACGCCAACGCCCUCAGUCAAUCGCCAUCUUGCAGAGACUAGGCACAAUCACCGGCUCAAGACUAGGUGGGCGAAGCAAAAGGAAUUCCACGGUCAUUGCCGUCGAUCAAUACCCGGAGCCUGUUCAGGCACCGUCAAUGGAGCCCUCAGAGUCAGCCUCUCAAGUAGGCCAUCGUCCUCAGCAGCCCAUGGUCGCUCUGAACGGUGUCACGCAGUCACCCGACCAGCAGCUGUUUUCGUCAUCAAACCAACCGGUUGGCAUCAACGCAGUUCGACCACCUACGGCCAACGCACAGCCGCCGGAAUUCCAAUUUCCAGUGAACACUUUGGGCGAAACUUACCGCCACCCUUACGCUUCCUCUUCGCCAAAUCUUGUACACAGUCCCCAAAACGCUGGUCGCGUACAAACUACUCCUUAUGGGUCGAACUUCCAAGCUUCUCGACAACCAAUGUCGACGCGCAGGCGAGUACUCACCGAACCAGGCCGUUCGGCGCCACCGCAGAGCGAGGAAUGGCGACGACGCAUUGAAGAUUGGAAUGAACAUACCAUAAAGGAAAGGAACCGGUUGAACCGGCGAACGAAAAUGUGUAUUGUGAUGUAG